CUAAACAAAGUCAGCAUUUCAGAACUUUGCUCAAAAUGCUGCAUAAACCUGGGCUGUUUCCUUGAACUUGUCUCAGAGAAGGGAAGAACUUGUGUCUGUACCUGUGCAGGCUGUUCUCAGGAGAAAACAAGCAGGAAGAAAAUGAAGAAUCUGAGCAGCUUCCUGGUUUUGUUCCUCAUUUCUGGAGUCGGGGGCUUUGAUCUGGUUAUUGAUGACAUCCCAGAUGAAGUGGAAAACCUGAUUGAUCUGGAAAUUGAUGGAUUUCCCUCAAGCUCCAAGGCGAGAAAGGGCAGGUACCAGCGGAGCACAUCUGACUGGGGGUACGUUGGAGAUCUGGUGGAGGAUGAUGACAAGAUAGGUCUUUACAGCUACAAGGUUCAGUCCACCAUCACGUCUCGGCUGGCCAACACAAUGAUCCAAGCCAAGAUGGUGAACAACGCAAAGCGGCCACAGCCCAUCAUGUUUGACGUGCAAGUCCCCAAAGGAGCUUUCAUUGACAACUUUACCAUGGAUAUCAAUGGUAUCACAUUCACCAGCCAUAUUCGGGAAAAAUCUGAAGCCAGAAAAAUGUAUGCUCAAGCAAAAGCCAAAGGCAAAGCUGCUGGAAUAGUCAGGAGCAAUGCCUUGGAUAUGGAAAACUUCCAAACUGAAGUGAAUGUGCCCCCAGGAAUGAGGAUCCAGUUCCAGCUUCACUACCAUGAAAUGAUCCGAAGGAAGCUGAGCUCCUACGAGCACGUCAUCUCUGUGAAGCCAGGACGCCUGGCCAAGCACAUGGAGGUGGAUGUCCGCAUCAUUGAGCCGCAGGGACUGCGCUACGUGCAUGUUCCUAAUUCACUCGGAGAUCAUUUUGAUGGAAUCACCACCAUCUCCAAGGGAGAGAAAAAGGCUCAUGUUUCUUUCAAGCCAACAAUGGCUCAACAGCGAAAAUGCCCCAAGUGCUCGUCCACGGCUGUGGAUGGAAAUUUUGUGGUGCAGUACGAUGUGAACAGAGAAACCACGGGGGGAGAACUGGAAAUUUUUAAUGGCUAUUUUAUUCACUUCUUUGCUCCGGAAAAUCUUGAUCCACUGCCCAAAAACAUUUUAUUUGUUAUAGAUGUCAGUGGCUCGAUGUGGGGACUAAAAAUGAAACAAACCAUCGAGGCCAUGAAGGCAAUAUUGAGUGAGCUCCGUGCUGCUGACCAGUUCUCCCUGAUCGACUUCAACCACAACGUCCGGUGCUGGAGAGACAAUCUGGUCUCAGCCACCCCAUCGCAGGUGGAAGAUGCUAAGAAGUACAUCCAGACAAUCCAUCCCAAUGGGGGCACAAAUAUCAAUGAAGCUCUUCUCCGAGCCACUUUCAUCCUGAACGAAGCCAAAAGUUUAGGCAUGUUGGACCCAAACUCAGUUUCCAUGAUUGUAUUGGUGUCUGAUGGAGACCCGACAGUAGGUGAGCUGAAGCUGACAACAAUCCAGAAGAAUGUGAAGCAGAGCAUAAAGGAUGAAUUCUCUCUCUUCUGCCUCGGGAUUGGGUUUGAUGUAGACUACGAUUUCCUGCAGAGAAUCGCAACUGACAACCGUGGCAUGGCCCAAAGGAUUUUUGGAAAUCAGGAGACUUCUCUCCAAAUGAAGAAUUUCUACAACCAGGUCUCCACCCCGCUGCUGAAGAAGAUUCAGUUCAACUACCCCCAGGAGUCAGUGUCAGAUGUCACCCAGAGCAGCUUCCACAACUACUUUGGUGGCUCAGAAAUAGUAGUGGCUGGGAAGGUCGACACGGAAAACCUGCAGCACUUGGAGAGCGUCGUCACAGCGACUGCAGCAAAUGCAGAGCUCGUCAUGGAAACCCUGAGAGAUGUUGAAGAGCUGGAUGGAUUCAUGAAGAAGGACAAGUUUGCAGAUCCUGAAUUCACAAGGAAGCUGUGGGCCUAUCUGACUGUCAACCAGAUGAUGGCAGAGAGAAAUGCAGCCCCCACUGCAGCUUUGAAGAGGAACAUCACCAAAUCCAUCCUGCAGAUGUCUCUGGACCAUCACAUCGUCACCCCCUUCACGGCCAUGCUGAUUGAGAAUGCUGAAAAGGAUGAGAUAAUGCUGGCAGACCAGCCCAAAGACCCCAGGAAAGGCUGCUGCCCAGGUACUCUGGGAUUAACUCCAAAUGCACCCAAUAACAACAAAGGGAUCCCAGCCUGGGCUAAUGUCACAGCUGUGCCAGUCAGCUUCAUGCCUGAGCAAAGGAGCCCACCUGUGUCCUCCCUGAGCAUCAACAGAGUGGACAAUGACCCACAUUUCAUCAUACACCUGCCCAAGAGCCAAAGGAACAUCUGCUUCAAUAUCAACUCAGAUCCUGGGAAGAUCCUAAACUUGGUUUCUGAUCCUGGCACUGGAGUUGUGGUCAAUGGACAGCUCGUCGGGGCCAAGAAAGCAGAGAAUAACAAACUCAACACAUACUUUGGCAAAAUUGGGUUUUAUUUCAAAAAGAAAGGUCUGAAAGUGGAGAUCACCACAGAAACAAUAACACUGAAAGAUGGCUCUUAUGCCAUCACACUGACCUGGGCUGACACAGGGCACAUCAUUCGGAAACAGCUCCUCAUAUCUGUUAAGAAAGAAAGCAACGUUACCAUCACUGUGGGGGAGGAGAUGUCCUUCAUGGUUUUGCUGCACCGUGUGUGGAAGAAACACCCAGUGAAUGUUGACUUCCUGGGAAUCUACAUUCCCCCUGAAAACCAGUUCUCUCCUGCAGCCCAUGGGCUGAUAGGUCAGUUUGUGUCUGAACCAGAAGUGUCAAUCCACCACCAAACACCCGGGCAAGCUCCAGAGAAACCACAAGCCAUCAUGGAAGUGAAAGGCAACAAGUUCACUGUUACCAGGGGUGUGCAGAAGGACUACAGGACAGAGCGUGUGCUGGGGACUGACGUGCCGUGCUGGUUUGUGCACAACAGCGGCAAAGGCUUCAUCGAUGGCCACUACAGGGACUACCUGGUCCCCCACCUCUACAGCUUCAUGAAGAAACACUGAAUCCUCCUUUAGUUCAAAAAAUUCCCACCUGCUCCUUCAUGCCCAAACAACUCCUCUGAGCAGCAGCUGUCAGCCUGUCACACCAGGGUGACUGGAGGCGACCCCACCACUGUUUGCUUUGUUUUAUCAGUGUUUCAAAGACAUGUAAACUCCCUUUUCUGCUGAGAAAUGAAAUCUGUAAUAAAGUGACACGCUGGGUUGGAGGAGGUGUCUUCCUCUUGCUGUGUCUGAUUUAAUGGGCUGUAACUCCAUUAAAAAUUUGUACUAUUUUCUAAUAAUCAUUUCAUAGAGGUGUAACAGUGUUGUGGCUCCUGCAAUGUGGAUAACACACAUGACCAGAUUUAAUAUGUAUUUAAUAUUUACA